AUGCGCCGCGUGCGUCCUAAUUUUGCCGAAGAUGUGUAUGGUGCAAAUGCAGCGUCGUCAAAGCAGGAGGAGCACGACGAAGUUGAUGAUAUGUCACCGGAUAUGUGCGAAUCGGCAUUGGCCCAGCGGCGUUCUGCGCAGCUUCCAAAGCUAAAAGAAAUUGGAAACAAUCCAAGACCGCUGAGCGGCGAUCUUUCGGGCGCCUACAUGGACUUCGUAGACGAGAGGCAUGUUACUGUUGAUGGUACUUUCGAGGCGCACGAUCCGGUGAAUAAUGUCGGCACCGAAGAUUGCGAAGAGAAGUGCCUUUCAGAAGGUAUUCUCAACGCCUAUAAGGCCUAUGAAUUCGGAACUUAUCAGGUGACCAUUUGUGAAAGGCGCGGUUGUCGGCGAAGCGCAACGAUGGCCGAUAAUGAAGCAUUGCGAGUGGUACUUAGUGCACUUUACCACAUGAUCGAGUCGAUAAGACGCAAAGAUUUGUUUGAUCUUGUUGUGCCUGCUGAUAAGAGAGCGCGAUACGCUCAACUGAGGGAGGAUUUCAUCUCAGAAGUCGGAGUUGUGCGACCAAAACGAACGCUGCAUCCUUCGGCUCGACUUAUUUUUCGCCAGCUUGCUUGCUCCGAUUCUGUUGAAGAUAAAAGUGAUGGAUCGAGUAAAACUGGAAUUGUCGCUGCAAAUAUUGACCGGCUGGAACCCGAUUUAGGCCUAUCAGAUCAGGAAAAGCAUGUCAGUGAAAGCAUCGCCGUCGAUGUGGAUGAUAUCACAAAGAAGCUUAUGCUUGAUGAGUGUCCCAGAUUUUCCGGUAAAUACCUUUUGCUUGCGGCUUUUUAUACGUUUUCGCUGUGCUACGGCGCAAGUUAUCGAGAGGUUUGA